CUCAGUUUGCUUAUAGACGUUACAUCAAUCUAACAUCGUGAUGGGUGAAAUAAGCUAUAAACAGCUGCACCAAUUUCAUUGUGGUGCAUCAGCAUUCCCAGAAAGGAGUUCUUCAGUUUCCAUUUGUCCUCAUGGAUUUUUCGUUAGUGUUUCGGAUUGUGGUCUCCUUUUGUAUGAUACAAAACAUUAUUUGGAAGCUACCGGAACUUGCAAACUUCGAAGAGAUAAACCGCUUCCCGACCACAGACCAAAUAUUGUUGUUUCUUCAGUUGAUCCUAUAGUCUGGACUGCCUUCAAUUCGGAUGGUUUAAUACUAGCUGUUUUGACAUCUAGCGAAAGUCGAGGGACAUUAGUAAAUUUGCUUAAUGUAGUUGAUCUUGUAAAGUCUGGAUCAACUGAUUUGGCAAAUAUUAGCCGUUCCAUUCGCGUUUGCGGUGGUGAAACUAAUCUAUGGAAAUUACGCGAUUUUGCUUGGAGUCCAACUGAUCCGACUACUUUUGUUGUUGUUCUUGAUUCCGGUGCAGUUCGUCUGUUUAAUUUUCCACCGGAUGGAAGUAGAUCAUUCACUCUUGUUGGUCAGUUACCAGGAACUGCAGAUUGUCGAUGUGUGUCUUGGAGUCCAAAAGGAAAACAACUUGCUAUCUGUUUGAAUGGUUCAUUGUCCACUGUAAAUGGAAUUGUCCAAGGUCCUUUAAUUUUACAAGUAGAUCCACAACUACAACAAAAGCGCAUUGUUCCACUUAGUCAAUUGUUCAAUUCAAAUAAUGAUUGGAAGAAUAGUUUACCGGUAGAUCUAUUAUGGACAUCAUCGUAUAAUUUUCUUUUGGCUAUUAAACAAUCAGUCAAUGAAGCGCAUGCAAUUUGUUCAACCAAUGUUUUAUACAUUAGUACAACUUCAAAAUCUCCAAAACCAUCUGCUGUCGCAAUUGAUAAUCUUAGCAGUCGUAUUCAUUAUGACAAAGUACAAUAUUAUUUUCGCUUUCUCGGACCUAAUCAUGUUAUUGUCACACUGGGUUGUAUUGGUGAAGAGAUCAUUGUUUUACGACUACCUACAACUCCAGGGAGUAUACCUCAAGAGGUAGUAAGUAUUGAAUUACCAGCUGAUGGUUAUGCUAUGAGUGUUGAUGUCGGUGUUCUUCAGAAUAUAACGAAUGAAUCUGUUGAUAACAAUGCUUUCUUAUUAUAUCUACUCACUUACUUAUCAAAUGGGAAUAUUUGUCCGUAUAUAUUAAAUUCAAAUGAUCAGUUAAAUCUAUCCAAUUCAACCAAUGUGAAAUUGAUUCAUUUGCCUAUACCAAAACCUGUCAUAGUUGCAACAUCUGACAGCAACAACCUAUCAUUGAAUACACCGAAACCAGCUUCUAUGUCGGUAUCAUUUGCAAAUGAUCAUUCAACUCAUCAAAUCAAACAAAAUCUUAAUACUUUAUCAGUUAACUUCGCUAAUCAGCAACAACACCAACAACAACAACAGUACCAUCAUGUUUCAAAUGUAUUGCCUGUUAAUACAACCAUUUGUAUUACAACAACAACAACUACUACUAUAAGUAGUAGUCCUGGUAGUUUACAAUCUAUGCCAUCUUCUAUUUCAUUGAAUAAUUCUAAUAAAAUAUCAACUGAAUCAAAACUCAGUAUUGCAUUGCAUAACAAUACAAAUACAAAUAAUUCUUUUAAACACAUCGAUACUGCACAUACAACAAGUGUUCCUAUGACUAAAGAAAAUAAUUUCAAUCAUCCAUGUAAAACAUCAACUGAUUAUUCACGUGAUUUACCAUUGCCUAAAUCUGUACAAGUAGCUGCUGCACAUUUCACAUCGGCUUUACAACUGGAAGCAGAAGCUGGGCGUACUGCUUGGCGAAAUUUAUUUAAUCUAUUCAUAAGUGGUACAAUUGAUGGAAAGUCUGGAGAAUCAGUUGGUUUAGAUAUAGUUGAAGCACGUCUAUGUAAUGUGGAUCGUUUUUUCAAAGCGAUGGAUGAGGUUAUUGCUGAAUUAACCAAUGCAUUGAAUGAACGUAAAGAGGAUUUAACAAACUCAAUUAGUUUUGGUGAACGUUUACGUCGUGCAUUACGUCUAUAUGCUAACGGGGAUUGGUUUCAUACUAUAACUGGUCAUUUAGAUCCAGAAAUGAAUAGACUAUUUAGUCAAUUAAAACGACGUGCACGUUUAGCUGAAGCUGGUUUAUAUGAUUUAGAAAAUCAAAUUGAAAGUUUAUCCACGGAAUUGAAUACAACAACGGGUCAGUCAAAAAAUACACCACCACCGCCACGACCAACAACAACAACAACAUUAUUAUUGUCAUCAUCACCGAAUCGACAGGCAAAAGAAAACUUGUCUGCGAAAAAAGGCAUUACUAAUGAUUCAAAUAUUAUGCGUACUAUCGAUACAAAUGCUAAUCUUAUACGUACUGAACGUGGUCGAAUUGAUUUUAUUAUGGAGAAUUUAAAACGUUUAGGUUUAACUCCUUUAAAAUCCAAUAAUAAUAAUAAUAUCAUUAAAUGUGAGAAAACAAAGAGUAAACAUCAAUCUCAAUGUAAAACUUUGCAUAGUUCAUUGAUCAAACAUGAUCAUGUCAUUAAUGCUAGCGGUGAUUAUAAUGUUGUUGAUGAUGAUGAAGAUGAUGAAACUAGUGAAUUGUUGAAUCCAUAUCGAACUAUGCUUAUGGAACGUGAUCAAGCUUUGUUACGUUUAUUUUCUAAUUAUAAAUUACCAGUGAUUUAUUCAUGCAAAGUUUGUCCAUCUAUUUCACAUGAAGAAGAAGAUGCUGAUGACAUUGUUAAUGAUCAGUGUCAAUCAUCAUCAUCAUCAUCAUUUGCCAAUGUACUACAAUCAACCAAUGGGAAUCGUUCACAGAUGAAAACAGGCGCAUCUCCUGGGAAUUUGAAGAAUUCCAAAUUAGAACAAUUGCUUGUUGUCUCAGGAGAAAUUGCCGCUGACACAUCAGUCUCAUGUGUUCCUAAAACUCCUCCUAAAUCAUCAGCUGAGAAAAGUGUAAAUGUUGUAAAUAAAACUGAAACUGUUCCAUCUACACCAUUGUCAUCUAAAACGCCUACUUCUGUCAUUAAUAGUAGUAGUAAACUAUCGGAUAUGACUUUCAAUUUGGCAAGAAAUCAAACUCCAAGCAAUUCAACUGUAUCAUCAACAGUAAAUUCUACACCAAUUUCAAAUGUUACUACUUCAUUACAUCAAUCUUUCUCACUUGGAAUUAAACCAAUGCAACAACUCUUAUUCACUCAACCAAACAUCACGUCAGUUCCACAAGCUUCCACCAUCUCUUCAACUGCCAACAUUAAUAAUGGUAGUGAUUUAUCUUCUUUGUUCAAGUCCCAAUCACCGUCAUCAUCAUCAACAUCGUCUUCAUUACCGACUAUGAGUACACCAAAUAGUAUUACUUCUGCAGCUCAUUCGUCUGCACCAUCUGUCAUAAACAAUCCUAAAGUGUCUAGUCCAGUGUUUCAAAAAGUUGAGCCUAAUGUUACUGCUACUACUACUACUUCUAUUGUCGCACCUGUUACAACAGUCAGUGGUGGAACAAGUUUCAUCAAUUCUAAUCCUCCCAGUGCACUUACUGCUGCUAAUUCAUUGUUCAAUUCUCCAGUUAUUUCUAAGCCUGCUUUCACCAAUACAUCAAAUGCUUCCAAUAAUACGCCAUCAUCGGGUACAGAAAUAAAUGAAAUUCAGAAAGGAAAUCAUGUUUCAAACAUCUCGUCAAUUAGUUCGCCUCAAAUUACUACUACUACUACUACCAGUGUUACUUCUAAACCAUCUUCUGGACUAUUCUCCUUCUUACCAACUCCAGUAUGUAGCAGUUCAGGUGUAAUGUUUGGAUCUGGACAAAAUCAAAAUCAAUCAAAUACAUCCGUUACUACUACUACUACUACGAUGAGUUCCCUAUCCAAUUCUCUUUUCACUGGUUUACCACCAUUGAAUACAACUAGUACAACAACAACAACAACUAGUACAGAUUCAAAUUCACAAUCCACAAAGUCAAAUGUUACAUUCAAUAGUAAACCAUUAUUCUGUGCACCAAAUCUAGUCGUUUCAACCCCUACAAAUGCUUCAUCAACUGACAACACGAGUGGAAAUAUCUUUUUAUUUGGCAAUCCAACUCAAUUGUCUUCUACAAUGAGUACGGGAGCUACAACUACUGUUUCAUCUACAACCUCUGUUGGAUUUCCUUCUAUUUCAAACAAUGAAACUUUCAAUAAAACACCGUCAGCUAUAUCUGCUGCGCCUUCAAUUUUUGGUAGCACUACUUCAAGUACACCUGUUUCUGUGUCCGCUGCACCUUCAAUAUUUGGCGCUACAGUUUUCGGUAAAGCUACUACUCCAAACUCUGGUUUAUUUUCUUCAUUGCAAAAUACAACAUCUUCUUCCUCCAACCUACCACCAGCACCUGGAACAGUUGGUCUGUUUAGUUUUUCUACUCCAGCAACUACAACAUCAAACCUCAACAGCACUGCUACCACUACUACUACUACCACUACCACUACUUCAGCAACUCUUAACUUUUCUAGUCCAUUUGGUUCUUCUUCUGUUUUUGCUGGUAACUCGGCUACUACACCUGUACAAUCUUUAUUUCAAAAUACAACAUUAGCUAAUGCCGCUGCUACUACUACUUCUACGACGACUCCUGCAGUGUCAUCAUCCGUAGGCCUAUUUGGUACAUUGGCCAAUAAUGCAUCCAGUGCCAGUGGUAAUAAACUGUUCAGUUCACAACCGACUACACAAACAGCUGGUGGCUUUCUAUUUGGUUCUCCAUUUAAUACUUCAGUGUCGAGUGGUACUUCUAAUUUGUUUCAAGUGAAUACUGCCACAACUGCUACCACUACGUCGGCUGCUGCUGCUGCUACUACCGUCUCGUCAUCAACAUUAUUUGGUACUGGUCUAUUCAAUACAUCUUUACUGGGAAAUAAAAAUAACACAACUACUUCAUCAGCGCAAACUACAAAUUCUAGUCCGUUCAGUUUUGUUUCGGGCACUCCUUCAUUAUUUGGUGGUGUAUCAAUAACUUCUAGUCAAGUGAAUUCAACAGCUCCUGGUACUGGUCUCUUUGCAUCGGCGACUGGCAAUUCUACUGGUGGCGGUGGUUUAUUCGGUUCACCAAUGGGAUCCGAUACGAAAUCUGUAAACAGUUUAUUCUCUGUAUCAAAUCUUAAUCUUGGUGGAAAUGCAACACCUCAAAAUCCUACACAAAAUGCUUUUGGUAAACCAUUUGGCAGUACAACUUUUGGAAAUCAAGCUAAUCCUCCUACUUUAUUCGGAUCACCUGCUUCAGUUUCACAAAAUAAUAUUAUUCCUUCUGGUACAAGUCCAUCUGCACCAUCAUCAUCAUCAAAUCCUCAAUCUGGACUAUUUAGCAGUUCAAUUUUAGGUUCAUCAUCAUUAUUCAAUUCUCCUACACCGGCCAGUAGUACACUGAGUGGUGGUGGUGGUUUAUUUAGCAAUCUAGGAGGAGGAACACAAGUGAAUACAGGAACAAGUUUAUUUGCUACACAAACAUCUCCUACCGGUGGUACAGCAGCUAUUGGAGGUUUUGGAAGUUCACCUACUUUCGGAAGCCCUGCAUUUAAUAAACCAAUUAAUACUAAUCCAACUGGACAAGGUUUAUUUGGGAUGAGUGGUUCUGGAGCAUUUAAUUCUACUGGUGGAUUAUUUGGUUCAACUGCACCAAUUGUUGGAGUUUCAUUGUUUGGUGGUGGUGGUGGUGAUACUAAGAGUUCACCGGUAGGCGGUGGAUUGUUUGCUGCCUUAGGCAAUAAAUCAGAUAAUUUAAGUUUUGGAUCACUUGCUCAAAAUUCACCACCCGGUGGAAAUAUUCCUGCAUCACCUUUUGGUACAAGCCCGUCAUUUACUCAAAGACGUGCUUAACAAACAAAUGCAAAUCUUAUAGUUUUGUCUAUAAAUAUAUAUAUAUAUAUAUAU